AUGUCUGCCACGAUCUCAUCAGAGGCACCGAGCCUCACAGAGACAGAGAAGACCAAGUGCCACCUCCUCAACCUUCCCGCAGAACUUCGCCUCACCAUCUACGAAUUCUACUUCGCGCACACCAAUCUCAUCGUGCCCAAGACCAUCAACAUCAUUGAGGGCGAGCUCUUUACCUGGACCAGCCCAACCCAAGACCUCGCGGAGCCGGCACUCCUUUCCACCAGCUCUCAGCUGCGCUCAGAAGCACUAAAGCCAUACAUCAAGGAGCUGCGAGAGGCGAGCGAGGCGCUAGACUGUAAAUCCAAGCACGUUUUCGACCCUAACCUCCCGGACUGGCAUGGCGGGUGGUAUCGACACUACCUUUAUCACCAGGUGCUCCUUGGUGAUAAGGCUCGAGUGGUGAAGCAGAAGAUUAAGGAUUUGGAGGAGGAGAUGGAGGGGGCUGGGCAGUCACAUGCUUAA